AUGCAACUGUUGUUAGAGGAAGACUCGGCCAAAGAAAGGAGUGUGUGUGGAGGAGAGAGGAGGAGGGAGAGAGGAGGUGGAGAGAGGAGGAGAGAGGACAGAGAGGAGGAGAGAGAGAGGAGCACAGAGAGGAGGAGGGAGAUGGAGAAGAGGACAAAGAGGAAGGAGAGGAGGACAGAGAAGGGGAGAGAGAUGGAGAGAGGAGGACCAAGAAGGAGAGAGGAGGACAGAGAGGAGGAGAGAGGAGGACAGAGAGGAGGAGAGAGGAGGAGAGGAGGAGAGAGAGAGGAGCACAGAGAGGAGGAGAGAGAUGGAGAAGAGGACAAAGAGGAAAGAGAGGAGGACAGAGAAGGGGAGAGAGAUGGAGAGAGAAGCACCAAGGAGGAGAGAUGA